AUGUCGCUGCAGAUUGCUGUAGCUCACACGGGCCAGCGCUUCGACGCCGACCCCGUUGCAUUUGGAUCUGUCGAUGCGCUCAAGCACUGGAUCGCAAGAGCCGCGGACAUAGCACCGGAGCUCCAGAUAUUACUGACGCCCGCUGGCAAGCAUGUCAAGCUGCAGGCGCUUCUUACGGAAAAGGACAUCUUCGUAUACAACCGCGAGCUUACCAGCGGAUCCCAACGCACCAUCCCCUCCAUACCGCCGCCAGACGCCUUCACGCCUGACGAACCCCCGAAAUGGCUCGCGAACAAUUCCGACUUGAAGUCGUGGCAGUCGCUCUUCCAAGCCCGCCGCGACUGGGCCUUUGCUGUCCUCGACACGUCACACGCCAUGUCCCGCACAGCCUCGCAGCACUUUUCCGAACAGGCCACGAUAGAGAAGGGGACACAGGUCGCUGUAGGGAACCAUGACGCGCACAUUCGCGGUCUGGAGCAGAAGUAUCGGGCAGCGAAGGAGUGGUUCGACAGCGUAGAGAAGGAGGCAAGCGACAACCUGCGGCGCCUCGAUGCCGACUUUGGACAACUAGGCUCAAUACCUGCAAAGCUAGAGUUUGCGCGUUUCCUGGCAAGAGAGCUGCGCUCCCCUCAGACUGCACAGACAUCACGCAAAGUGGCUCCAACCCGCGACGCAUCGUUGCAGGACUUUCUUGAUGUCGACGCUGUGAAGAAGGCCACAGGCACAAGCAAGCGCGUGCGAGAUUCCUUCGGCAAGCGCAUGGCUGGUAUGAGUACAAAGUUGGAGAAAAUCGGCGCCGAAUACAGUGAGCUUCUGAGCGCUGUGGGUCAAAGCCAGAGCCGGUCACUCAUCGACGAGUCGGAGGAGCCUGUGCGCCUAUACAACGAAAUCGAUGCAGUUGCGAAGAAAGUCGAGUCGGACUAUGAGCACGUCAUGGGCCUCGAAAACAACCCCAAGUCGGUGGCUCAGGUCUCAAAGAUGGCGUUACUGCACACACGGAAUUUCUUGCCUGCGAUAACCGAGUACAGCGUUGAGAUGAGUGACCUCGUACGAAGAGCCGUAGAGCAGAAGAACACCGCCAUCAGGAUCUCGGUGGAGAGUAUGCAAGGCAUCGCCAACAUCGAGUCAGUCAUCUCAGGCCUGAACGCAGAGCUCGAGUCGAUCAGCAUACCGCAAGAGGGAGUCGCAGCGUUCGAAAUGAUCUCUCUUGUAGGCCGCCUUCCUUACGUUUACGGUACCCUACUGGUUGAGGCUGUUCGGAGGCGCGAAUGGGCUGAAAGGAUACAGAAAGACACAUCCUCGCUAGCUGAAGAAAUGGCAACUUUCCAAGAAGAAGAAGAGCGCCGUCGCAAGAAAUGGCUUAAGCCAAUCGCAGACGUCAUCAAUGUCGAAGCUGUGCAAGGCGGCGCACUUGGUUUUGAGAUGAACGUACAACCUGAGAAGAACAUUUGGCCUGAGGUUGCGAGGGACGAUCUGAAGCAAUAUCUGCAGAUCUUGCAGGGCCUGGAAGGGCAGAGCUCUGAAGCUGAAGCGCUCAGUCAGGCUAUGAAGGACCUUGAACGUCCGACCAAACAGCAGGUCAAGCGAGCGAAAAACUUCAAAAUGGGCAGCGUUCACGAGCCUGCGUUUGGCAAAGGAUCACAGCUCAUGGUACGAGGCGACGACGAGUUGCGUGUACUGAGGGAAGCGAACGCAAAACUUGACGACGAACUUAAGGGUACCAAGAGCCGUGUGCGACGUCUCGAAGAUCUACUGCAUCGCUCGAACCACAACAGCAGACUCUCAAUAGGUGGAGCUGCAGCGCCACCGCCCGGUUACCAAAGUCCAGGAGAUCCGUCAACGCCUACUAUCGAAACAGCUUCCCCCAAGCCCUAUGGUGAGUUUUCCCGACGGUCUUCCAUAUCAUCCCGGCGUUUGUCUGCUCAGGGCGAUGUAGACAAGCGGCGCAUUGUUCGACUUGAACAGCAGCUCACUACUGAGAAAGAAGUUCGAACCAAGAUGGAGAAAGAAGCACAAGCCCAGAGGGACGCUGAGGCCGAACUACGGCGCCAGAUAGAGGAAGCCGUUUCCGCCAAGGAGGAAGCUGUAUCCACCAAAGAGAACCUCAUGGAAAACAUGAAAGCCCAGCAAAAAGAGUUUGGUGAUGAGCGACGGUCGCUUGAGGAGGAGAUUCAAGCCUACAAGAGCAAGAUUGAAGAAGCUGAAGACGAGCUGGACCGCAUCCUUGGAAGCCGCGACAAUGCACGGAGCGAGAUCGAUGCUAGAGUGCAUGAGCUGACCUCUGAGCUCGAAAAGGCUCGCAGUGAGGCUGCUGAGCAGAAGGCCCAGACAGCACAGCAGCUUAUCGAUCUUCAAGCCAGGUUGGAUGGUCACGAGACAGCUCGAACAGAUCAGCUCGAAACCCUCAAGACAGUGUUCGGCUAUCUUGCACCGAGCACCGCCAUGCCGCAGGAUUAUAUUACGCUGAUAGCACAACUCGAAAAUCUCGCCAGUCGCUCUUUCAACCACCAAAAAGAGCUGGAAGAAGCAGUCGCCAUAGCCAAGUCAGAGAACGAGAAUAUCCGUACUAGGGCGCAGGAGCAAGAACAGACCUUCAAUGCUCAAAACAGCCAGCAUGAGCAAGAUCUCGCAUCUGCCCAUGAGCACCUCGAAACGGAAAAAGCGAAAGCCGCCUCGAUAAGUGCCGAGCUUACCGAAGAACGCGGCCAUCUCCAUGAUUUGCGUGCGAAAUUCGCAGAAGGUGAGACUGGCUCAGAAGCUUUGCGCAAGCGGGUCGAAGAAGAAGAAUCAAAAGUUGGACGUCUGCAAGUUGCACUAGCAGAACAAAACUCGCACUCGAACAGUCUUGAUGUCGAGAUCAUGCGACUCGGCAAGAAGCUGCUAAAGUAUGAGGAGUUUGAUUCGUCUCGUAGCCAACAACGCCUGGGUCGUGCCAGGGAGCUCAGUCAACGCCUCUACACUCAGCAUGAGCGUCUUGUGCGCUUACUUGAGGCUCUUGGCUUCAUCAUCACUCAUGAGAGCGGUGAGAUGGUCCUUCAACGUGCUUCCAAACUGGGCAACAGUGCCGUCAUGACUGGCACUACUGGGGAUCUUGGCCGCAGCACAACAGCCGCUUCGCCUACGCCUCUUAAGCGUUUUCUCGAAGACAACGGCGACCUUUCAUUCUUGCAGUGGACUGAGUCGACUAGUGCAGAGGAAGAGGACCAACGCUACAAGGAGCUUGUCGGCAAGCUAGAUCUCUUUAAUAUGGAGACGUUCGGCGAGGCUGUCGCUAAGCGCAUGCGGGACAUGGAGCACACAGCCAGGAAGUGGCAGAAGGAAGCACGCGCCUACCGGGACAAGUCCCACCGCUUCCAGGCCGACAGUCACGAGAAGAUUGCAUAUCGUUCUUUCAAAGAAGGGGACCUCGCACUCUUCUUACCUACCCGCAACAACGCACAUCGCCCAUGGGCAGCUUUCAACGUCGGCGCACCCCACUUCUUCCUUCGCGAACAGGACUCACACCGAUUACAUGGCAAGGAGUGGCUAGUCGCUCGCAUCUCAAAAGUGGAAGAGCGCAUUGUAGACCUUUCUAAGACAUUAGACGGACCACGAGCCUCGCUCGACGGACGCUCCAUCGCAUCGAGCAACGCAGUAUCCAUAGAAGACGACAACCCCUUCGAGCUCUCAGAUGGGCUACGUUGGUACCUCCUUGACGCAACCGAAGAGAAGCCCAUGGCGCCGGGCACACCGGGCAUCAAAAGUGCGACAACCGUGACCAGCAGUCUUGUAACCGGCCAAGCAGAGAUGCAACGCACGAAGAAAAAGUCUUCCACGGACCCAGCCAUCCAGCUCGGCAAGUCUCUUGACAGCCGUCGCAGCAGCGGCACUAGUAAGAAGAGUGUACCUUUUGUUGGCGCUCGACCCACAGCUGAGCGAGUCCCGUCCUCUGAAGCUAUCGAAAGCGGACAGAACUCGAACGCAGCCACUCGUGGCGCCAGCCCGUCAGCGACCCAUGGGCCAUCCCAUCUGCGCGAGACAUCAACAAAUACUGCUGGUACAGAGGGGGAGCAGAAUGGUGUAAACGUGCGGCAAGACCAGCUCUGGGGACCUUAG